AUGAUCAGUUCUGGCUUCAUUGGAGGAGAGUUUCAUGGAGUUCAGGAUAUCAAGACUCUAUCACUUUUCUCCAACAUCUCUGGUCAGAUUCUGACCAGUCUCGUCAUGAGCCCACCCAAGAUAUUGGAUAAGUUUGUUCAUUUUCUGAAAGAUGACUUGAAGAAAAAGGAUGACGAAUUAACUACAGAGAAAACAAGUCUGUUGAGAAAGUAUUUGGAGUCUCUCUUAAUGCAGAAGCUCAUUAUUAAGGAUUAUGAUCCGUAG